UGCGUACUAACUGUUACUUUUGUUGCAAGGUACCAUACAUCUGCGGCUUCUAAUCAAGGUGGGACAGGAUUUGUGGGGAGCUGUUCACUGCAUGAUAACAGCUCGGAGGCUAUGAAAACGGAUUCUACUUACAACAUGAAGUCAAAUUCUGAUGCUGCUCCAAUAAAACAAGGCUCCAACGGCAGUAGUAAUAAUAAUGACAUGGGUUCCACCACAAAGAACGUUGUGACAAAGCCCGCUACAAAUAAGGAGAGAGUGAUGUCACCCUCAGCUAUCAAGGCUAAUGCACACACCUCAGCAUUUCAUCCUGUGCAGCACUGGACGUUGCCAGCUAAUGCAACAAGAAAAGCGAAGGCUGAUGAAGUGGCCAACAAUGCAGCGAAGAAUGCUCACCCGGGCGAAGUACAGAGCAAUCUCGUGCAACACCCUCGUCCAAUCCUUCAUUAUGUCCAUUUUGAUGUGUCACGUGAAAAUGGUGGGUCAGGAGCCCCACAAUGUGGUUCAUCCAAUGUAUUUGAUCUUCCACUUGAAGGUCAAGCUGCUAACUAUGGUGUGAACGGAAGCAACUCAGGCAGUAACAAUGGAACCAACGGACAGAACAGAAGUACCGCUGCCGCAAGUAUGGCUGCUGCAAAUGCUGAACGGACAAAUACGGAGAUUGCUAAUGGUGCCAUUGACAAAAAUGGGCCUGGAGGUGGCAAUGGGAGUGGAAGCGGCAGUGGUAAUGACACGUAUGUGAAACGGCUCGCCCCGGCCAUAACACUGCGAGAAACACAACUGAUCAAAUAUAGAGAGAAAAGGAAAGAUCGGAACUUUGGAAAGAAGGUGCGGUACCAGAGCCGAAAGAGGCUGGCUGAGAAGCGGCCACGGGUCCGUGGACAGUUCGUGAAGCAGGCUGUACAAGAUCAGGGCGGAAGGGAAGGAGCUGCAGAUAGAUGACCCCCCCCCCCCCUAGUGUGACUCCGGCUCCGCCUCCAACUCCAACAUGGCUGCAUGCACCUGCUUUGGACUCCCAACACCUGGCAAUUAGACAGUUAAUUCUUCCUUCGCUGGUCUGAUCUGAUAUGGUCGACAACAUCCCCUUCCUAUCCAUCAUUGGUUCCUCCACAUUUAGAGUCGUCUAUCCUGGAAAGAAUAAAUAAGGAACUCCUGUGAUCCCUUAUAUUUUGCAUGCAUUCACAAGUAUAGUACAGAAGAAGCAUGUGGCUGACAGGCUCCAGGUGGUCUGUAAUACUACCUACUAUAUAUAUGGGAGUCAAGUCAUGCUGAAAUGUAACUAAGCAUGUACUGUACUAGUAAUGUCUGAACGGUACUGCUGUGUGUUGUCAUGUGUGGUCUUGGAUCAGUUGUCGAUCUGGCAGCAGUAAUGCAGUUGAGUUAGCUUACGGUUAUUCGGUUAUGCUGCUGCUGCUGCCGCCUGUGCCAGUUCAAGUGUCAUCAGUCAUUCUAUACACAUCCUCCUUCAAAUAGAAUUUCGUGCUUGUUACUAUGUGUCUAA